AUGUCUUCAAAAUGCUCUGCAGUGGAGUCGUCAUUCGCAGAGGGCAUAUAAUUAGAGAGGCGUGUUUCGUGCCCUGGGUUGCCCUAAGGCCGGCUGUUAUUGCUUUCGCAUCCGUUCUAUAGUGGUUGCGCCAUGGCCUGGUCUCAUUUAUAAGAACCUUUCGAUAUCUGCCAGAAUCAAUACUGUUCCAUGCAAUAUCACUCAUCAAAUCAACUAUUUCCCCCUGGUAACCUUUGAAUGUCAAACUUUUGUCUCAGCUUGUCCUUAUUUGUAUCGCUGCAGUGGCCGAUCCAAAGCGUACCGAAACAACAGCUCUGAUAAAAGCAAUCAAGGUUUGGUGUGCGCACAGCAGCUUGACAAGCGGCUUGGAUCCUAUUGGCCGCCACAGGGAACUAUAAGCCCUAAAGCUCUCUUGCAAUGAGGUGCGAGAAUGUUAAGACGGCAAUUCCGAAGAAGAUUGAGAUAGUGUCGCUUGGAAUCAUCUAUUCUGCUGCCUGCAUAGCCUGCGUUCUACUGCUCCUUCAGCGUAUCCGCCGUCGACGGCUCAGGUACGCACAACUGGCGAGGCAAAUGGAUCCGCUGUCAUCUUCGCUAGAGAAGGGAGGUGGCGAAGGGCCGGCCAGUCCAGGGAGACAAGGCUACCGCGUAGCCUACCAGGACCUGACAGAUCCAAUUGGCCCCAACAUCAGCUCUUCUUUCCCUUCAGCUUGCGACGUCCUCCAGCCCCUGUCGCACUUUUCGGAGUUGCCAUCGAGUGGUCAUUUGGCGGCCAUCUUGACUCGAGAGCGGAGCUCCUGGACACGGCCCCCGUACCCACUGGAGGAGCCCGCUCUCUCCGUCUCCGGAGAUGCCGACAUGAAAGUCACCGCCAUCUCCUCUACCUGUCAAGAUGGUGAUUUCGGUAGCUCGAUUUCGGAGCGGGUGAAUGGUGGCAGCAUAGAUUCGAGUGCUCCACCCCGGACGGGUUUGUCCCCGGUUGGGUGGCGCACCACAAGCCACAGCCAGGAACCGCCCGCGCCCAAGGUUGCGGAGUCGAGCAGCGGGCCUCACACGGCGCGGAAAUCCGGUCACGCAGUCCAGUAUAUGCGCGAAGAAGAUGAGGAGGGAGUGCGGAGCUGGAAGCGAGUAGUGGUGGAGUACAGUUAAUGGCUUACAUGUGGUUCAAUUCUGUUGUCUGAAAUUGAGGGAGCGUUCGCUUUUCUUUGGUCUGUUCAGUACUUCGGUUCCUGUCUACCUUGUUAUUGACAUCAUCCUCAUCGGGGAUGAUUCUCAGGCGCAUGCCAGGAAGAAAGUCUCAAAAUGGGUGGCCAUUUGUCUUCCUUACUUUGUCCAAGGAAUCUCGUUCGCUAUGUGGUAGAUUAUGAAUAAUGACUGAAUGAUAAUCGUCAAAAUCGGCUAUCCAGAAGAGAGGGGCAGCAUUCAUGUCGUGUCUGCUCAAGAUGAUCCGACAUCAUUGUUAUUGGUUGUUCCUGCAGGUGAAGCCCAGCCGCCUUACACUACGAUCGAUAGCGUUCAUAAG